UUAAAAAUGUUGUUUGUACUUGAGGAAAUCUCGAACUGUUUUGGAAGAGCGACCAGUUGCAUUGGCUUUUCAGAUGUGGGGUUCCGUCGAAGUCAAAACCUAUGAUCUGGCAGCUACAACAACUGUUGGCACAAUACGGAGUCAUAGUCCCAGGAAGAUGAAAACCCAAAUAUCAAGACAAGUUUACAAUCCAUCAACAACAACAGCAGCAGCGUCGUCCACAACAAAUUCAAUCAAUCGAGAUGAUGUGAAUGAAAACGAAACGACUGUCAUCGUCACAGCUGACGACCGUUAUAGAGAAGUCAAAGAAAUCCAAGAAAUGCUCAAUGAAAUUACAAAAACUUCAACAAAGCAAAAAAAGGAAACUGCGGCUACGGUAGAUGACCCACCCAAAGUUGUAGUCGCAAAACAUUAACCACCAAAACAACAGCCGACAACUUCCAUUCAGAGAAGUAAGACUGAUACAAACCUACGGCGUCCUACCGCACGAAAGAUUCAACCAAGUAAAGAAGCACAAACAACACGUUGCAAAUCAGCAAAUGUAGAUGAUAAAAACAGUCCAGCCAAGCUCCGUCAGAAGACAUAUAACUCUGAGGAAGCCACCUCCGAAUUGUGCAAUUUGCCUUGGGAAAUGCAAAAACAAGUGUUUCACUGAUUCGUGCAUGCAUCAAUUCUGUUUCAAGUGUUUACUUGAUUGUAGCAAGGUCAAACCAGAGUGUCCUUUGUGCAAGCAAACCUUUAAAUCCAAUAUACACAAUGUCAAAUCAUUUGACCAGUUCGAGGAGUAUCUGGUGCAACAGCCAGUGCCGGUACCACCAAAUCCGUAUUCGUUUGCUCCAUUCACAAUACCAGCACACCUUUAUCCAAGACUGCCAUCAUUAUAUAAUCGACCUGUUCACAUCUAUAUGGAUGAUUUGGCCAUGAAUACAUUGGAUUUAACAGGAUCAUCAUCUUCGACAUCAAAUAAUGCCAAUGCUAAUGUGAUUCGUAGUAGUUCGACGUAUUAUCGAAGAAUACUGCCACCACCGUCUCAGUUGUUGGACAUGUAUAGUCAAGAAACUAUACAAGGCGAGACGGGCAGUGGUAGCUUGAGUCAACUAUGGAGAAGAUAUGUUUAUGAUAGAAAAUUGUUUGCACUGCCAGAGUGCUCUUAUUUAUAGACUUCACCAUCGAAGCAUCAAGAUCCAAGUCCAUUGGCUGAAAAUCACAAGAAAAUCGGUCUCUUGCGAAAGCCUGAGUUCAAAAAUCACUCCUUCAGUGCCAUAAAGGACAUAAAUAUUGACAGAAAAUCUAAUUAUAGAUAAUCUUACAUCGCAGGUAGCUAUUCUCACUUCCAGAUUACAGACAAAUGGAGAACAUCUUCUUUCACAUCAUCUAACACCACAAACCAUAGAACACGCUUCAUCAAGAUUCAAAGGGGAUGACAAAGAACAAUCCGCCUUAAGUAGCAACAAAAGUAGAGAUCGAAAACUAUCGGAAUCAAAUCUAUCCGGGAGAAGGCUAAAACCAAAAAGUUCUCCCGAAUUGGAUUUGAAAAUACCAGAAGCAAAACUUCGAUCACGUACUUCAGUCCGUGAAAAAUCUGUUCAAGUCGAUCCAAUAGGAUCUUCCAAAGGCCAACAACAGCAAAAAAAUACUGAACUACCUUAUUGGCUAAAGCCAACAUUAGUUCAAGCUUAUCCUUAUAACCUUAUUAUGGCAGUUCGCAAGAAACUAACUAGAAGCUAUUGCAAAUCCUCCAGCUGUUGCGUCAUCUUCCUCCUCUUCAAUGGAACAACAAGUGUCGAAGAAAACUUCCACAGAAACUCCAGUUUCUUAUCCAAAACUCCAGCGAAAUAACAAUGUUAAAAGGCGAAUAAUUGAUGCAAAAGAUAAAUCUCUAUUUAAAUCAGUUGAAAAAUCAUCUUCGAAUAAGGAAAAUAUCAACGAACCCAGAUUAUCAAGAAGAGUCUCAGAAGUUACAUACAAUUUCAGUUCGAUAUCAAUACAACUUCCUGAGUCGAAUAAUACAUUAAGCAUUCCCAAACCGAAGCCACCACAGCAACAUCAAUUUCAUGACGAUGAUGACACAACGGUCUCUAGUUCUAUAUUCUCAAGUCCGGAGAAGAAAAAGAAGAAUUUCAAUGAAAGAUCAAAUAAUUUUCAAUCAGAAGCACUAAGUCCGCUGUAUAUGGACAAUAUUACGAAUUUACAUAUUAAUUUCAAGUCAAUGAUGAGUAAUAUCACUCUUAGAAGAGGGGAUCAUUUUGAAAAUUCCAGUACUACCUCUUCGCAUCGAAGAGGGGAAACUGGUUCGAUUACAAAUAGAUCAGAUGGAAGUGUUAAUUUUCGUCAACUCUUGGAUGACUUUCAUCGAAGUCUUUCGCAAGUAAUCGAAGUUAAUCAGCAGUUGAAGACAACCUUGGUUAAGUCACAAAUUUUCAGUCCUGAAAAGAAGACUAAUUCAGUUUUGAAAACUAAUCGUGUUGAAUUGGCUGAAUAUGUGUCAGAUUUUGAAGAAUCAUACAACGCCGAAGGCAAACUUGGAUCUAAAAAAUCAUUUAAAACACAAACUGAUAGUAGUAUCCAUGAAGUUCGACGAGAAUCUUCAAAACAAUCAAGAAAAUCUUCUUCGGUUUCUUCGUCAAACGAAGAAGAAAUUCCAGAAGGAGCAUCACAAAGUUCACAAAAUUCAAUUAAAAAUAUCCAAUCAUCAUCUCGAACACUCAAUCAAUCACCUAUUUCUCUGGGAACACAAACAUUAACUGUGUCUUCAGAAGAAACUGGAGUGCAAACACCAACAAGAACUCAAACAAUUCAUGAUAGCCCAGUCGGGAUGUACAAAAAAUUAAGCUGAAAUGGAAAUAAUUAGAUCGUGCAAUUUUUUUUCAUAGGAUGAUAGAGGGGAUCACUGGGAGCUUAAAACCAGUUUUUCGGGAAAAUCGACCUUGUGCUUAAGCCUCCAUCUUGGAUUAAAGGUAAAACACGUUUUAGUGAAUAACUCGGCCAUUUUUGAUUUUUGACAAAAAUUAUAUAUGUAAAACUUGUAGAAAAUUUUAUUUUCUAUAACUUUUGUCUUAAUAAAUUUUUCUAUAUGACCUAUAUUUUUCGAGUUAAUUUGAAAAAACUAUACCCCUACUCAGCUUAAACUUUAUACCCGCUUUGAUUAUAGAUUUUAAGAUCAACGCAAUAUGGGAGUGUUUUUAUAUGUUUUUGGGGAUGAUAAAUCUAGCUGCAAUGUUAGUUUUUGCAAAUUCAUGAAAUUUUAUAAACAAAAGGAACUAUCUCAAAAUCGGAAAGUGUCGUUUUAAACAAGAUUAGUAAAUAUUAUAAUUGAUGUCUAGCAAGACAAGCAAGUUUUUGAAUUUUUCAAUUCGGUUCAUUAAUGCCUGAGAUAUGACCAAUUGUUUAUAAUAAAAGCUUAAAAGAGGGAGUGAGUUAUAAACAAUUGGUCAUAUCUCAGGCAUUAAUGAACCGAAUUGAAAAAUUCAAAAACUUGCUUGUCUUGCUAGACAUCAAUUAUAAUAUUCACUAAUCUUGUUUAAAACGACACUUUCCGAUUUUGAGAUAGUUCCUUUUGUUUAUAAAAUUUCAUGAAUUUGCAAAAACUAACAUUGCAGCUAGAUUUAUCAUCCCCAAAAACAUAUAAAAACACUCCCAUAUUGCGUUGAUCUUAAAAUCUAUAAUCAAAGCGGGUAUAAAGUUUAAGCUGAGUAGGGGUAUAGUUUUUUUCAAAUUAACUCGAAAAAUAUAGGUCAUAUAGAAAAAUUUAUUAAGACAAAAGUUAUAGAAAAUAAAAUUUUCUACAAGUUUUACAUAUAUAAUUUUUGUCAAAAAUCAAAAAUGGCCAAGUUAUUCACUAAAACGUGUUUUACCUUUAAUCCAAGAUGGAGGCUUAAGCACAAGGUCGAUUUUCCCGAAAAACUGGUUUUAAGCUCCCAGUGAUCCCCUCUAUCAUCCUAUGAAAAAAAAAUGCACGAUCUAAUUUUUUCCAUUUGAAAUGUUUAAUUCUACUGGAAAAUAUUGGCGAAUCACCCAACAAGGAGAAUAUAUCAGGAAAUCAAUACUCUUUGGAUUCGUUAGAAACCUCGCAACAUGAUGACUAUAUUAAAAGUCAUAUAAACACUUCGCGUGGGGAUUAUAAUGAUCGAGUUGAAUUACUAUCAACUGUACCACCACCAAGUUAUAAAGUUUCUUUAGAAUCUCAAGCUAGAUUUUCGUCGAAAUUUAUAAAUUCCUCAAUGGAUAAUGUAUUUGUUAGAAUUUUUAAUAAAUCUGAUAUCGAAA